AUGCCGGAUUGGGAACUCAUGUUAUGUAUUGCUGCUAAUCGUAUUAACAAUUCUACCCCAAAGGAUGGUGCUCCGUCUCCUUUCGAGUUGGUCUAUGGGUACUCCUCUAAGCUACCGAUCGCUCGCCUCUUGACCGCUGACGAUAAUGCAGCCGAAGAAUGGGAACGAUUGCGUCCGAAAUUCCUUCCCUCGGACCCGCUGCACAACGCUCAGGUGAUAGCUGAUUGCCGUCGCCGUCUCAAGAGACGUGAUCAUAUGCUUGGAAUUUUCCGAGAGUUCUGGUUGGAUAGGAGACAACACGCUGCAGUGGAGAGCAGCAAGAAGAGCAUUGGUACUCAGCCGUUGGAGGCUGGAGAUAUCGUUCUUAUUACCAAAGACCGGAACCCAAAGUUGGGUCAAUAUGUUCGAGAUGAGAAGUAUGAAAUUAUUGGUGCUAAAGGUAAACAAUGUUAUUCAGUCAAGCCGGUCGAUGGUGGGGCGCCGAUGAUCAUUCACGCUAGAAAUCUGCGCCGAUUCUUUACUUAUGAUGAGGAUGAUCCCCAU